AUGUCCGCCGGUAACGUACGUCGGAAUUAUUCCGCCGUAACGUGUGACAGAAAUGGUUCAGACAGCCCUAUACCGUCGGAUUGGCAGGUGGAACCGGCGUCGCUUCAAGAGUUGAACAAUCGGUUUAUAGAAUUAAAUAUAAAAAUGCUGUUGUGCAUGGCAUGUUUGAAUCCUAAUAAUGGAUUUCAUGCAUUCAACAAAGAUAAGUUGAUUCGAAUGACACAAUUUUAUCCAACUGAUUUUAGUCUUCUUGAUCAGGCAAUUUUUGAAAAUCAAUUGGAUACUUAUAUCAUGGAUAUGCGAUCUGAUGAUCUGUUCACCUCAUUAAAAGAUGUUGGAAGUCUUGCUAAGAAAAUGAUCCAAA